AAUCCCUGUAUACGCGAUUCCGCCGUAGAGCCCUAGAGCACGCGGGACACCAGCCGGAAUUUACUAUACAUGUUUGUUCACCCAGCCCAUUUGCCACCUCCCGGCCCAGAGCAGUUCCGCCAGCUUGAGCCUGGUCAACGUCCAUGCCAACAAGAGCGAAGCGUCCGGCCCUCGAGAGCUCUCCCUGUGACUCCUGGCAACUUCUGAAAGGUCAUGCAAAUAGAGCAUAUCUUUGCGCGUCCGGCCCGUCAAAAAUUGAAUUUUGCACAGAGUCCCCAGCUUGGUCCCCGCCCGGUCCCUAAGCCGGUCGCGAGCCGGUCCCCGGAUGGGGUACACCGCUUGUGAUCACAACUCGCUCCUCGCUGCACGCACCCACAGCAUACGUUUGAUACACGCACCCACAGCAUAUACUUCUACUCUGAGCGAGCGGAGUCGCGGGUACUUUGCUCAAACCUUCAGAUUUUUCCGGGCGACGAGACUGCGCAACAUGCAGCUGACCAGCUGCCUCUGCGGCACGUCGUUGCGCCUGGUCUCGCGCCGUGCGGUCGCGCCUGCGACUGUGCGCGUUCCUGCGCCCAAGAUGCUGGGCCCCCACAUCCCCAAGCUGCCUUCGGCUCGCGGCAUGCGCGCCGCUUGCCGGGCGCAGUUUUCAGACGAGGUUAUGCUCGGCGCCCUGGUUUUGGCGGGCGCGGUUGUGCCCUUCACGCUGCUGUCCAGCUUCGCCACGUCCAUCAAGGGGGACAUCGUGGCGGACAUCAAGGCUGCGGAUGACCGCUGGGCGGUCGCUGAGGCCCGGUGGUACGCGCUUGCCCAGCGCGUUGCGCCGCUGGAGGUGUUGGCGAUCGGAAAGCUGCCGGUGACUAAGGCCCCAGGCGACGGCUGAGGGGGCUACGUGGCGUGAGCCCCAAUGCUUACAAGCGGAUAAUAGAAUUAAGGUGGCCUGCUGGUCAAGGCUGCACUUGCUCGAUGCUGCAGCCAGAUGGCGCUGGCCAGCCGUGCUGGCGCGGCAUUGGUUGGUCCUUGAGGUCGUUGAAGCGUUGGUGGCUUUGGUUCUCGUGGGUAGUGCAUGCGCCGUGCUGUGCGCUGGAUGGUUGCACAGCAGCGCCUUUGGCAUAGCACACCGCUUGGCAGCCGUUGUUAGUUGCUGCAUGACACCGUGGCUGUUGACCGGGAGAUGGUUUCCUGGCACCCAUGGGCGCCAUUGCCUGAUGGCGCCUCACCGUGGCUUUUGUGUAUGUUACAGCUGUGGUCC